GGUUGAACGCGCCCUUUAAAGCGAGGACGUGGACAUACCUGAGAUCUGCGAGUGUGAUAUACUGUGAUCAAGCGUUAAUGUCCUGUCUGUAUUGUGUGUCUAUAACUACUUUUACAGCAUGAGUUCAGAAUCGGCCAUUCUGUUGGAGACAGUCAACUUCGCUGCUGAAAAGCACCGCAAUCAACGACGUAAAGAUGCUGAAAAAACCCCAUAUAUCACCCACCCAAUAGGAGUGGCAAGGAUCCUAAGCCAUGAAGGUGGGAUCACAGACAUUGAAGUUUUGCAAGCAGCUUUGCUCCAUGACACAGUGGAGGACACUGACACCAGCAUAGGAGAGCUACAGGCUGUCUUUGGGCAAACGGUGGCACGGCUUGUCCAGGAAGUGACAGACGACAAGGCGCUGUCCAAGGAGGAGACAAAGCGUCAGCAGGUGGAGUACGCACCUCACGCCAGCCACCAGGCCAAAUUGGUCAAACUGGCUGACAAACUGUACAACCUAAGGGACAUCAACCGCUGCACGCCCACAGGUUGGACAGCAGAGCGUGUUCAGGAGUACUUUGUGUGGGCAGCCCAGGUAGUGAGAGGGCUAAGGGGGACCAACCCAGCACUGGAGGGACACCUAGAGGAGCUCUUCAAACAGAGGGGGAUCGAGCUUUGACACCUCUCUGCUUCUGACACAGGGUGCCACAACAGAGCAACUGUUGACGCACACUUUUGUAAAGAGUUUAAGACCUUGAGCGAAUUGUCUUUGUUAGCUUCUCCAUGGAAUAUACUUUUAUAUACUCUUAACUCACAAGGAAAAGGUUACUUUGGAUUUAUUUUUAUCGGUGAUUUGAUUCUUCAUUUUAAGUACAGUACUUUGUAUACAUUGUGUGUAGAACUGGCAAACCAACAAUGUCACCUUGAGUUCUCGCUGGAUUGAAUAAAGCAAUGCUAUGCACUCGUAAAAGUGAAAAUGGUAAAAAAUGAUUAUAAUAUUUAAUGGUGAUGCAGAACCUGUAACUACUCUAUCAUGGCUAAUUGCUCCUGUAAGUCGCUCUGGAUAAGAGCGUCUGCUAAAUAAUGUAAAUGUAAUGACACACUGAACUAAAAUACUUUUUUAUUGA